UAAAGGGAUUGCAUGAAAUAAAAAGAACAAGAGACACACAGAGAGAGAGAGAGAGAGUUUGCUCCAUGAAUUUGUUCCAGUUUCCACUUUCUCUUUGGAAAUGCGAUGGAAAAAUGGAAUGGAUUUAGCACGAAUCCCUGAUUUUUCGGGCCAAACCAGAGCAGAGAAACAGACAUUCAGCUCCUCCGAUUGCUGCUAUUUUUAAGCCGUGCAAAAUACCACCGUCUCUCUAUGCAAGAUGAAGAUUUCCUGACUUGAACUACGAACGACACACGUGUCAGUUGUCUAUUUAUUCCUUCACAUGGUUCUCUUUCACACUUGAAAGAUCGAGUGUACAAACUGUAGUUAUGAUUUCAUAACCAUAUGUCUGCCAUGCAGCAACAACAAUAGCAAUAACAACAACAAUAACAACAAAAACUCAUUCAAGAAGAAGCCUGCUAUCAACGACUGAAAUUCUCGUUUGGGAUCUGUGCUCUUUCGGGGGUGCUUGCAAAAGCUGGAAGGAAAAACAAGAAAAGAAGGAACGAACAGCAUGAGUGGCAAAGAAGAAGAGCCCAGCUACUCGGAUAGCAGCGUGAAGAAGAUGCUUAAGUGUGUGGUGAUUGGUGACGGAGCUGUUGGGAAGACCUGCCUGCUGAUGAGUUACGCCAAUGAUGCCUUUCCAGAAGAAUAUGUACCAACAGUGUUUGACCACUAUGCAGUUACUGUGACAGUUGGAGGCAGGCAACAUUUGCUUGGACUUUAUGACACAGCAGGACAGGAGGACUACAAUCAACUGAGACCCCUCUCCUACCCCAACACAGAUGUGUUUUUGAUCUGUUUCUCUGUGGUAAACCCUGCUUCCUAUCACAAUGUCCAAGAAGAAUGGGUUCCAGAAUUGAAAGUCUGCAUGCCACAAGUGCCUUAUGUUCUGAUAGGAACACAGAUCGACCUUCGAGAUGACCCCAAAACUUUGGCUCGAUUAUUAUACAUGAAAGAGAAACCCCUGACUUAUGAACAUGGCAUCAAAUUGGCUAAAGAGAUUGGAGCCCAGUGCUACUUAGAGUGUUCGGCUUUGACCCAGAAAGGCCUGAAAGCUGUCUUUGAUGAAGCAAUCCUCACAAUCUUCAAUCCCAAGAGGAAGAAGAAACUUUGUGCCAAGUGUGGCAGCUGCUGUUCAGUUCUAUGAUGCCUGGAGUUCAAAGUGGACCAGUUGUUGCCAGUUAAUAAUCCAAUCCUGCACAGAGGGACGUGACCAGAAGAAAAAAAAACUACUUUAUAAAGUGAUUCCUCCUAAUCUGUGAUUCCUCUCAAAUGCAACUUUGUAGACUUUUCAUGCCUUGCUUUUUUUUUUUCCCUAAUGACUAUGCAUCUGUAAACACAAGUUCAUGUUUUGAUAACUUCUCUCUGCUUAGCCAGCAGAUACAAGAAAAAAAAAACUUUAGAAAUUCUUGAUAUAAUCAGAAUCCCUGAUGCACCUGGAAAGAAAAAAAAAUCUAAGGAUCCUAAUCCUACACUGAGCCAAGAAGAACAAGCUUUGUCAUUAGCAACCCACAGGAAGAAAUUAGUAAAUCCCAGCUUUUUUUUUUUUUCCUUUUUAUGACCCUGUAGUCCCUUAAUUCAGGAUAGAGUCAGGGUGGGUGGAUGCAGCUGAGCAUUUACUAUCUGGAUGCCCUUCCUGACACCUACGUGGAGUUUGCGGCACAGAUUUUUUUCGCAGCAGAUAGUAAAUCCCGGUAUGAAUAUGCAAUAAUGAUUAAACUUGAAACACACAAAAUGGCAUUUAGACAUUUUUUAAGAGUCGACCAUGUUGACUCAUAUAGAUCAAUCUUUCCAAACUGAAUGCACAGCAAUGCUUUUGAGAGAGAUGGCAUAGAAUACAAAGUCAUUAAUGUGCUAUUCUUGUCUUCCUUUUAUAAAUGAAGCAUGACCCAAAGAAAUACUCUCAGGUUGCAUUGUCAUGUUGCCAUUGGACGUAUGAGAAUUCUCCUCCUCUUAAAUGAAAUCUGAAGCUCUCACAUUGUGCAUUUUUCAAAAUCAUUUCAAAAUAGUAAUUGUCUGGAUUUGAGAAGUCAGAAAACGCCAGGGGAAAUGUACAUAUGUCCUGUCUGCAAAUCUAGACUUUUUUUCUUAGAAUUUAUUAUUAUUAUUAUUCAAGCAUAAUACAUAACUACAAUAAGAACUACAAACUGCCCUUUAAACAGUAUAAAUGAGGUUCCUCAACCUUCAGCUCCCAGAAUGGGUGAAGUUCAGCCAUCUAAAAGGUUGAGAAACACCAGUGUAGAUGGUCUCAGUUCAAAUCCAGUUCCUAAUUACUAAUUUUCUUGACAAUGACAAGAAAGCAAUUGGCCAUUGUUUUCUUCUAGGAUGCCUUUAAUUUUUUUUUUUAUAUAUAUAUCUUAGGAUAAUCCAUAGCAGGGGUGAAAUCUACUUACCUUCCCAACUGGUUGGGAAGUGUGUGUGCGGGCCCUCUGCAUGCGCAGAGGGUAAAAAACAAGUUACUUCCUGUUAAAACCAGGAAGUAAUGAUGACCAGGUGGGUGGGCGGAGCCUCGCACCGCCAUUGCUACCAGUUCUCUGAACCACUGGCCGCCAUCCUUACCGGUUCGGCCGAACCAGUCCAAACUGGGAGCAUUUCACCCCUGAUCCAUAGGUCUGGCAUUAUUUCUUGGUGUCUUCCAUCCAAGUACUAACUAAGCCUGUAACUGUUUAACUUCUGAGCCCAGACAGGUUAGGACAAGUGGGGUCACUUACUAAAGAUGCUAAUUUGCACAAUCAAGAUCAAAAGGCAGCUUGAGAAAGAAUACAAGAAGAUCCUGAGAAAAUCGGAUACAUGCAUCUGACACACAUGGAUGUAUGAUCAACAAACACACAAAUACAAACCACCAUUCUUACCUCUUUCCCUGACCUGGAAAAACUAGUUGAAAGUACCAAAAUGCUUUCUGAAUGAAGGAUUUUUAGAAGGAGCAGCAGUCCAUUAGAAGCAAUGUUUGCUUCAGUUUUGGGAUGAAGCAUAAGCAUAUACAAAAUGGCUUCAACUGCUCUCUUUUUCAGUAGCUUCACCUCUUUCUCCUAUAGCUUUUGCCAAUUCUGCCUCUCUUGAUUCAAUCCAGUUGGCAAUAAUCUAUGCAGAUGCAAAAUGAUUUCAAUCUGUGGCCUCCUCUGGUGGUAUUUGGAAUAGAUCCCCCUUGCAGAGAGAGGCCAGGUUUGGCUAGCUUCAUUAGUUUAGAUGCUAUGUGAUUGAAAGCAAUCACAACUUCUGUUCUUUCUAUCAGGCUUAACUAGCUAUAAACAUAUAACUUAGAAGCUACUUGUGAGUACGGAAAAAUGGUUGUCAUUCCAAUUGUCACCCAGCUAGAAAACCACAAGGAAGUACCUAUUAUAACCAAAAGGCUUUUAUUGUUGUAAAUGCUUUCUUUGCAAAUGUUUUCUACAAUUUAUAUCAUUGAUACAUGAUUCUUAAAAGAAACAUUUUUAAAAUA